CACAAUGUGAAUUUCACAUAAUAUGUGAAGUCAUAAAUCAAACCACUGGAGAUCAAAUGCGAGUUGAAGCCAUAUUGAUUGGAUAUACAAUAAUCCAAACCCAUUUACCACAUGUUCGCCUUUGCUAAUCUUAAUCGACACGAGUAUCAAAUACAAAGUGGAUGAUGAUGAUCAUCGAAAAUUUUCUUCAUAAAUAAACAAGAUUAUUGGUGCAAAUGACUAAGAGAUGAUUGUGUUUUGGGAGAAGUUUGACUCACCAACUGGAAGUUAUUACCAACAAUACAAUUAAUUAUUUAAACUAUCACAAUGUCUGGAGAAGUAUUUGGAAGAGCGAACGACGAAAGAACUCCUCUGUUACGGCCGCGACAAGAAGACCGAGGAAACGAUGAUGCCAGUAAUCCAUUCAACUAUAAUGCGACUAGCAGUGCAGAAAUGGCAAUCAACAGUACAGACGAAGAUGACCGGGUGUUAUCUCAGAGUAUGGACGAGGACAAUAUUUUGGGCCUUCUGAGGAGACGACGAAGUUAUGAAAGUCAAGAAGGAGGUGUCGUAUCUUCAUCAUCACUCCCAGGCGAUCUACCUCAUAGACCAACUAACGAACCUAAAACGGUUCGAACUGGAAAUCUCAAUUUACUUUCCUCAAAAUUUGAAAGUUUGGAUUACGAUAUAUGCGAAAACUCUUUGCUGAUUGACGAAGAACGAACUAAAGGAUAUCAAUUUAUUGCAAAAAAGGACCUCUUAAGAUGGGUGAUAAUGAUCUUUAUUGGUAUCUUCACUGCAUUAAUUGCCUGCUGUAUUGACAUUGCAAUUGAAGAAGGAUCUGGAGUUAAAUUUAAUUUUUUAAAGAAGCAAGUGGACCAAUGCGUCGAAGACGGUUGUUUAAGCAUACCAUUUUUGUACUGGAUUUUGUGCAACCUCGUUCCAGUGUUGAUCGGUUCUCUACUCGUUGUCUACGUUGAGCCUGUUGCGGCGGGAAGUGGAAUACCGCAAGUUAAGUGCUAUUUAAAUGGCGUGAAGGUCCCUCGCAUUGUUCGAGUAAAGACAUUGAUCGUGAAAGCCAUUGGCGUUACAUGUUCCGUUUUAGGAGGCCUUGCCGUUGGAAAGGAAGGACCAAUGAUUCAUUCAGGUGCUGUAGUUGCUGCCGGUUUAUCUCAAGGAAAAUCUACUACGUUGAGGAAAGAUUUCAAGUUGUUUACAUAUUUCCGAGAAGAUCAUGAAAAACGCGAUUUUGUUUCCGGAGGUGCUGCAGCUGGGGUUGCUGCCGCAUUUGGUGCUCCAGUGGGAGGAGUUCUCUUCAGUUUGGAAGAAGGUGCGUCAUUCUGGAAUCAGAGUUUGACUUGGCGAAUAUUUUUUUGUUCGCUUAUCUCAACUUUUACACUUAAUGUCGUUCUCAGCACGUAUCAUGGGCGGCCAGGCGAAUUGACUUAUUCUGGUCUGUUGAACUUUGGAAAGUUUGAUAACACGAGCUACGACUUUAUAGAAAUUCCUCUUUUUAUUCUAAUGGGAAUUCUUGGUGGUCUACUGGGUGCACUUUUCAAUCAUCUCAACUUUAAAUUGACAGUUUUUCGUAUUAGGAACAUCACGAAAAGAUACGUUAAAGUGCUGGAAGCCGUAUUAGUGUCAGCAGUUACUGCUACUGUUGGAAUGGGGAUGAUUUUAUAUACUAACGACUGCAAACCGUUGGGCGAUGACCCAACGAAAUAUCCUGUACAAAUGUAUUGUGGGGACGGACAAUAUUCUGCGAUCGGUGCUAUAUGGUUCCAAACUCCUGAAGCAAGUGUAAGAAGCCUUUUCCACGAUCCACCAGGAUCUCACAAGCUCACCUCAAUUCUAAUGUUCUUUGCAUUCUACUUCUUUCUGUCAUGUUGGACCUAUGGGCUAAGCGUGUCUAGUGGAUUAUUUAUUCCAUCCUUGCUUACUGGAGCUGCAUGGGGUCGGGUGGUUGGAAUGGGAAUGGAAUACAUGUUUCCCGACAAGUCUUGGGUAAACCCUGGCAAAUAUGCCCUAAUUGGAGCAGCAGCUCAAUUAGGAGGCGUCGUUAGAAUGACGAUCAGUUUAACUGUGAUAUUAAUUGAAGCAACUGGAAACUUGACUCUUGGUUUGCCGUUAAUGAUAACAUUAUUGAUGGCGAAAUGGGUUGGAGACUAUUUUAAUGAGGGCAUUUAUGAUACUCAUAUUCGACUAAUGGGAGUCCCCAUCCUUGAGUGGGAGCCUCCCCCACUAUCGCGCAAUAUUCAUGCAACUGAGGUCAUGUCCACCCCUGUAAUUUCUUUCUCUUCAGUCGAAAAUGUUGGAAGAAUCAUUGACAUACUGACAAAUGAAAGAUAUAAUGGAUUUCCGGUUGUAGACACGCCAAUGUACAAUGAUGGGCGGACUUUUGGGAAGAUACGAGGCCUAAUAUUGCGUAGUCAACUGAUCGUUAUGUUGCAACAUAAACUUUACAAUGAGACCGCAGAAUCUUGGAGUCAUAAAGGAUACACACUCAAACUGUUUCGGGAUGCAUAUCCCCGUUAUCCUACAAUUCAGCAAGUUCACGUGUCGGAUGAAGAGCGACAUUUCACUGUCGACCUCCGACCUAUCAUGAACCCAUCACCUUAUAGCGUGAUGCAUUCUUCGACACUUCCCAGAAUAUUCAAGCUCUUCCGAGGUCUUGGCCUUCGACAUGUGAUCGUAGUAAACGACAAUAAUGAAGUAGUGGGAAUUGUGACGAGAAAAGACUUAGCCCGAUACCGUAUGGAAAAACACAUGGGGAACAUGCGUCUAAGUGAAUUAACUAUUCUAGAUUAACCAUCGUAAUUGAUUUGACUAGUUCUUUUUAAUUUAUUACUGGAGAAUUUUUACCUCAAACUUGGUCCAAGAGGAACAACAGUCUUUCACUAUAAUAACUGUUACUGUUACUACAAAAGGCGUUAGGACAUGGUUUUGACGAAUUCGCGGAUGAAUAUCUCUGGCGGGGAGUUGAAUUUUGAACUGAUUUUUUGUAGGCUGUAAGAUCAUACUCUCAGAAAGAUAUGUUUAAAAUUUUAGGGCGAUAGCUUCAAAAAUGCCCCCUCCAGUGCCCCCAGAGUUGGAAGGAGCCAAAAAAACACUUUCCAAACUGAAUGACUCAUAGGGCAUGAUAACCCAAGAGGUCAGAGGUGGAUGAUUGUUAAUAUUACAACCCUAGAUAAUCAUUGCAUGAAAUAAUAAAAGAAUCCACAAUGAAUUACAUAACGUUGUGCCUCCAUCUUCGCUGAUACUUUUCCAUGAAAAGUGAUAAAUCGGACCGUGCACCGGGAAAUUGACCUGCUGACCUUGAAAACGGACAGACUGGGUCAAAUGAAGAUUGAGGGUAAAGCUGGAUGUGUCCUCAGUAAUAUUAAAACAAACAGUCAAGAUUUUGUAUAAACAGUUUUAGAGAAGGACCCGAGUUAAUCAGCUGUCGCGGAAUCCUAAAAAACUCGUGAACUUAUUUGGAAAAUUAAUGGUAAAUUUUUUUCGAAAAUAAAUUUUAAUAAUCUUUUUGUGUCCCCUA